AUGGCGAGCGCUGACCUUCUACAGACUUUCUUGCACUUUCAUCUUGCCACAGAUGCGUCUUCAGUAACGAAUCUGCCUUCGGUUAUAUCUGGACUUUCUUCAGACAGUCUUGAAACGUCGUCCCAUUCUCCCAAGUGGAUAAAUCGCGUGAACGCGCUCAUUCACUCCAGAGAACCUGCUGCUCGAUGGGCUGGCAUAACACUGGCUUUACAGACAUCGAAACUGUCCAGUAAUGUACUCAUUAGUUCCGCCGAAGGCUGGGUUCCAAUUAUCCUUCCCAUACUUUCGAGGAAUGAAAGCCUAGCAGUCUGGAAAGCGUCCAUUAGACUCCUAGCAUUCAUAUUCACCUCGACGACGAAUCUUGCAGAAUUCCAGCGACAAGUAGUCAUUCCCAACGUACUGAAAUUGAGCUCGGCACUCAUAUCUCUCGCGGAAAAGCAACGCAAUGAAGAAUUGAAAGUAUUAUGUCUAAACGUACUCGCUGUCGUGGUACCUCUAUAUCCUACCUUACACCGCCAACUAGCAUCUACAUUAUCGACCAUGUCCCUCAACUUCUUGAACGGCUCACCCUCGUCUACACCUGGAGCCCUUGUGUUAAGUGCAGCAAGACUUCAUGCCUGUUUACAUGUCACUGGAGGAAAAGUAGGAGGUGUCACGUUGUGGAGGAAGAGUGUGGACGAGACUGUUGCAUUUUGCUCCAGUGCCUUGGAAAUACUACGCUCGACGUAUUCAUUGGGCCAACUUGCUCCUUCUCAGUCGGAUCCACUAAUAUCUAUUCCGCUCAAUCUUGAUCGUCUACGAUGUGGAGUCGAGUUACUUUGCCACCUUUUACGCGUGACAGUUGACAGGCCCGUCCUCGUUCCUGUGCAGUCGCUUGCAAACCUGUGCGUUGAGAUGCUGAGGGUCGCUAGGAAAGGCGCACUGUCUAAUGGAGUUGAUCCAUCACUUCGAUGCAUGGAGGCUGCAGUGGUACCCGACAUCCUUGAUUUAGGGUGUUAUCUUACGGCAUGCCUCUCAAACUGUGUACGGAACAAAUUUACACCUCAUCUACCUAGAAUUUUGGAUAUUAUCGCAUACCAUUUAGAACAACCAACGUCUAUAAAGGAACGUCUUCCUCUGAUUAAAGUCAUUCCCUCCCUCCUCGGCUCUUGUCUACCCCCACCAGAACCACUGACGUCCGGACGGAUAAUCAAAGCUAACCUACCAGCUAUUGCGACUUUAUUAUCUCAGAAAGCAGUGGAGGAGUCAUCAACAACAGGCGAUAUUGGAACGAAAAAAGGGAAGAAACGUGCCCGCAAUUACGAGGGAGACGAAGUGUUUAAAGUAAGCCGCGAUACGCUAUGCGAGACUAUCGAAGAUACAGAACUUGUAGUGGCUUCUCUUGACGCUCUACCAUUUCUACUUCGCGUCCCGAAUAUUCCGGCCUACUUGCAAUCUCUAUCCUCUCGCUUACUUCUUUCGCUGUUGCUUGCGCUGCCAAAGCUAUCUGCAUCGUCUGUCGCCCGUGAUCCGAACAUCAAAGACGAGGUCUUACGAAGAGUGAAAAGCAUGUGUGUUGAAUUCGCGAGCGGCUCAAGCGCGGUGUUGUGUAAGAGUCUACCACUUGUCGUUGGUGCGAUUUCGGACGACGAAAUGACUCGCAAAAAUGUUCUUCCAGAAUCUUCAGAGCGACAUGAGUUUAUCCUGGACCUAAUGCUUCAUCCUCGUCUCCCACCUCUACUUCGCUCUCUCCCUUCACUAGAUACCAUUGCACUGUGCCGAUCUGAAGAAGGUACGGAAGAACGGAAGACGCGCGAAUCGCUGGAUUUGCGUAGCAUAUGUGAAGAUAAGGAAUCAGAAGAAGUGGAUGAAUUACAACCCUCGACCACGGCACAUGAAACUCUCCAGAAAACGGCAGUAGAAUCUAGUCAAGAGCUGAUGUGUUCUACUACAGAUACGCCUGUGCCACCUGUCGUCAUCCCUGCCGUGCCGAUCCGGCCUGCUGCACCUCUUGUUGUUCGGCCAGUGCAAGUUGAAAUUUCCGUUGCGCCAGAAGCUCCCAGAUUAGAUGCUGUAUCGGAUGCAUCUCACCCUCAAGAUGCAUCUAUAGAUCCUGACGAACCAAAGCUUCCGCCGGGUCCUGGCCCCAAGGGAACCGAAACGAUCCCAGAAACUCGGCUUGUACCUCCUGCUGAAGCGCGAAAUACGGAGCCUCCGUCGUAUCGCUCUACAGAACCGACUCGGAUGUUUGUGGAUGAUGAAGACGAAGACGGGGACAUUGAAAUGCCUGUGUUGAACAUGGAGUCAGAUACCGACUCGGAGGCAGAAUAGUCUACUGGCGGUGACUAAACACGGAGGAACUCACAACAUAUGUAUUAGUCAUUGCUGUUAGUCCGCUUGACGCGUUUACCACGCAUUGAUGAAUCAUGUUGGUCAACAUCCAUAUCCUCUUCACUCUCUGCAUCAUCAGGAUGCGGCGUUGCUUCUAUGUUCGACAUUUCAAGCCGCUUGUUGACCUAAAGAGGAUUCGUUAUUCGUUGUUCAUUCGGGUUUCGCUAGGCGAGUAGAUUAGUGGACAUACCUCCUCCGCGAAAGCUUUUGCGACGGCAUUGUCUGGAUCAAUAGAUAGUGCUCUAGUAAAGUGUUUUUUCGCAUCCCGAAGGAGAAUGCUUGUCGAACUAGC